AUGGCUGAACAAGAAAUAUCCACGGAAUUUCCUUUUACCAAGAAGAGAGUGUCUGUUCUCGACUCAUCAAUAGCAUACAUUGAUACGGGAGCACCCACUUCAACAUCAUCGACCAUCAUCUUCAUCCACGGCAAUCCGACCUCCUCUUACAUCUGGCGGAACGUCAUCCCCCAUCUUUCGUCGAUCGCAAGAUGUCUUGCGCCCGACCUCGUGGGUUUUGGCGACUCGGGUAAAAUGCCAGCCAACACAUACUAUCUCCGAGACCAUGUUCGGUAUUUCGGCGCGUUCAUGGACACACUUCUCCCAGAAUCUACCGACCCAGGAAAGCUUUUCUUCGUACUGCAGGACUGGGGUAGCGCAAUUGGAUUCAACUGGGCGAGUCAGAACGAAGAAAGAGUGGCUGGGCUGGUAUUUAUGGAGUUCAUGCUUGCAGAUAUGAAACUCGACAAUCUCCCGACAAGCGGACAGAUAUUUCGCGACUUCCGAACAGAAGACGUGGGUCGGAGGCUCAUCAUCGACGAAAAUAUCUUCAUAGAGAUCAUCCUUGGCAGGGCUAGCCGUGCUGGCCGGGGUCUGGCGGAAGCAGAAAUGGUGCAUUACAGAGCUCCCUUCCUCGAUCCCAAAAGUCGCGAGCCAAUAUACCGUUUCCCGAAUGAACUGCCUUUUGAUGGCCAUCCGGCAGACGUGGACGAACGGGUGAAGGCAUACUUUACGUGGCUGAUGAAGACAAGCAUACCGAAACUGAUGUUUUGGGCCAGUCCAGGGGCUUUUAUCUCUCCUGACAAGGCCAAGGAGUUGGCAGCUCAGAUGAAGAAUGUGCAGAGUGUAGAUAUAGGCGCUGGGAACCACUAUUUACAAGAGGAAAAUCCACAUCUCAUCGGGCGGGUGACGAAGGAGUUCGUUGAGCAGAUUUGGCAAGAGAAGUAG